AUGGAUGAUGAUGAUGAUGAUGAUGAUGAUGAUGAUGAUGAUGAUGAUGAUGAUGAUGAUGAUGAUGAUGAUGAUGAUGAUGAUGAUGAUGAUGAUGAUGAUGAUGAUGAUGAUGAUGAUGAUGAUGAUGAUGAUGAUGAUGAUGAUGAUGAUGAUGAUGAUGAGAUGAUGAUGAUGAUGAUGAUGAUGAUGAUGAUGUGA